AUGGGCCGCGCAGCAGACCCCUUCUACAACCGCAAGCCUGUCCCUGACGAAUUGAUCAAGGAUGUUGGCCUGACUGGGUUGACACCAGAAGAAGAAUACUACAACCGUGAAAAGAAGUUCACUGCACGUGGAGCAGAUGUGCGACGCUUCAGCAACAGCCUCAAAGGCGGGAUUGAGCCUCUGAGUGAUCCUUACUAUGGACGCAAGCCAGUCAGCAAGGCUGAAAUCGCCAACGUAGGCUUCACUGGCCUGAGCCCCGAAGAGGAAUACUGGAACCGCGAACGCAAGUACAGCGCCACAGGUGUCGAUGUCAGGAGGUUCAGCACCGGUAAGAAGGGUGGAAUCGCACCCCAAGAUGACCCCUACUACGGCCGCCGACGAGUCUCAGCCGCCGAGAUUGCGAAUGUCGCCCCUCUCGACAACCAUAUGACCCCAGCCGAACAAUACGAAGUCCGCGAGCGGAAGCAGUCGCUGUUCCAGCUCUCCUCUGACCCGUUCGACAUCAUGGCCAACCGCAACCGCCAGUCCAUCUCGGGAGCUACCACAGGCGCCUCGGCCGCCGCAACACGACGCCGUAGCUCAGCCGUCGCUCCAGACGCCACCGCGGCUGCUGCUUCGCACAGUGGCUACCACGGUGAGAAGCUAGCGCCCAUCGAGAGCCGGCCCGAGGGACCACCUGCUGCCAACAGCAGCAACAUCCACGACGCGGCCAGUGGACAUACCUCGGACACCCUGAGCAGGGACUCGAUCGAUCCGGUUGAAGGAAGACACGCGCGAGUCUAUGACGCGGUGACGGCGGGACACGAUCACCACGCUGAUCCAGACAGCGUCGCACCUCAUGAGAUGCGAUGA